GGGUCGUCACCUCACCGACCGACCACCUCACUCACAGGCACAGCCAGAGGCCGGCGGCCCAGUAACUCAAAGUCCCAGUGAACAUGGCCCGCACUGUCCUGCCCUUUUCGAGCACGUGAUUUGAGUGCCGAAAUUCCCCACAUCCCACGAGGACCGCACCGCCAUAGCAUAGAAGAACUUGGUAGGCCGAGAUUCGGCCUCAGCUCCAUCGGGCCCCUCCUCACAUAUCCGAGAUCCACCAAAUAACCUCAACCCUACCCCUAAGAAGGGGGGGAGCAGCAGCAAAGCAAGAGGAGGAAGACGAGGAAGAAGAAGAAUAACGCCGAGAGAAUCCUCUCUAUGGACCCUUCUUCUUUCUCUUCACCAUUUCAGUACCCACCUCCACCUCCUCCUUCUCGCCCAUUUUCCUUGCAGCACCGGCUGCAGAUCCUAGUCCAGACCAGGCCCGAGUGGUGGGCUUACGCCCUCUCCUGGCAGCCCUCACCAGACCGGGCCGGCAGGAUGCUGCUUGCCUGGGGCGACGGCCACUACCGUGGACCUCGUGAGGAGCUUGCCGGCCUCCGGUCCAGGCCGCCUGGAGCCCUCUCCGACGAACGACUCCGGGCGCUGCGCGACAUCCAGGAGCUCAUCAUGGCCAACCCGGACAUCGACGGAUCCAUGGACGGCGAGGUCACAGACGCCGAGUGGUUCUACGUCCUGUCCCUUGCCCGCACUUUCUCCUCCUCCGAUGGGGUCGUCUUCGACGCUUACGCCUCGGGGAGUUGCAUCUGGCUCGCCGGCCGCCAGCGGCUCCACGCCUAUGCCUGUGAGCGCACUCGCCAAGCGCUCCUCCACGGCAUUCAGACCCUCGUCCUCGUUCCCUUUGGUGGCCAAGUGCUCGAGGUCGGCUCCUCGGACAUCAUUCCGGAGAACCCCGCCCUUCUCCAGACCAUCGCCGUGCUGUUCCAGCUGGAGAACGGACACGACGGCAGGGCUUCUAGCGCCGCUCUUUCUGGUGGUCAGACCGGUGCCUGCUCCACGGCCGGAGGCAACGGAAACGGGGCGGCAGAUGCGAGCCACAAGAUCGGGGAGAGCUCCCAUCCCACGAUGAUCUCCUCCUGCGUUGACUCGGAACACUCGGACGAGGCGGAAGAGGCGAUAGUGGUAGAGGUAGCGAUGCGAACAAAGAAGAGAGGGAGGAAGCCGGCGGACGGCCGGGAAGUGCCGCUCAACCACGUCGAGGCGGAGCGGCAGCGGAGGGAGAAGCUCAACUGCCGAUUCUACGCUCUGCGCGCCGUCGUCCCGAACGUGUCGCGGAUGGACAAGGCCUCCCUCUUGGAGGACGCAGUCUCGUACAUCAAGGAGCUGAAGGAGAAGGUGGAGACGUUGGAGAAGGCGCUGGGAGGGGCGGAAAGAGGGGAAGGCGUGAAGGUCGAGCCUAGUGGUAAAGGCAGCCGCAAUAAUAACAAUAACGAUGCUGGUGCCGCUGCUAGUGCUUGUGAAGAUCGUAAUGGCGAUAAACUUGAGUUUGAGCGUGGGGACGCUGAUGAUCAAGGGGGUCUUGGUUAUGGGGAUACGGAGAUUGAGGUGACGAUAUUAGGGGCUGAUGCCAUGAUCAAGGUCCAGAGCGAGAACAGGAACUAUCCGGCGACUGCCUUAAUGAAGGCGUUGGAGGAAAUGAAGCUGGCGGUUCACCACGCCAGCGUGACUACGGUGGGAGAUGUGAUGCUUCAGAAUGUGGUGGUGAAGACCUCCGACGAGUUGGAGACCGCCGAGAGUCUGAGGACCGCUCUAUAUAGGAGGAUGGUGAAGCAAUAAAGCCUCAAAGCUCCGGAGGUCCAGCGGAGAGUUGAACCGAAAUCACAAAGCAAGAAAAAAAUACUGAAGUAAAGUAGCAAGAAAAUAGCAGAGGAAGUUGACGGAGUAAGGAGCCAUUGCAACUCAUCCAACAUCUGAAAGCCCCAGCUGCACCUGCAGGAGGCUUACUCAGUGUUAGCAGUCUCCUUCUUAGCUCGUCCAAGGGGACGAGCAUAUUCCUAUCCACUGGGAGAUUCCACCAGAAGUAGAAGAGCCAAAUUCAUCAAAGAGUGCUGCAUUUGUUAGGGAGCGGCAGCGAGAAAAAAUCAUGAUGAUCUGCAUUAGUUACAUUUGGUAGAACAAACGACCGGUUUCUUUAACUCGAUCGCGUGUAUAUGUACGAGUUGAAAAACAUAGGAAUUGAUUUGGGCAACAAUGUUUUUGGUACCAACUAUAUGGACAUGGAGGACUGUUUCCUUUUACGAUUGAAGCACUAAUUGGGAAUCUCUUAUUUA